GGAGCUAGAGACUCCUCUGGCUCUCCAGCUGCCAUCCUACUCCUGCUGCUCCUCCUCCUCCUCCUUCACCAGAACCACUUCUAUUUCUCAUCACAUCCAGAGCACAUUGGAGAUGUGACGAUUAGAGAGAGACUGGUGACAUUUAGCUGCCUGUGCAUUGACACGACCUCUUGACCUCAUCUUCAGCAUGAAUGGUGAUAUGCCUCAUGUUCCCAUCACUACUCUUGCUGGAAUUGCUAGCCUAACCGACUUACUAAACCAGCUGCCUUUGCCUUCUCCUCUUCCGGCCACCACUGCUAAGAGUCUGCUCUACAAUGGAAGGAUCUCAGAUGAGGUCAGCAGCCUGUUGGUGUGUCGAGACGAGAAUCUGGUGACUCAGUUGGCACAUAGCCUUAACCAGGUCUCCACUGAACACAUAGAGCUAAAGGACAACCUGGGAAAUGAUGAACCUGAGGGUGAUAUGCCAGUACUCCUUCAAACGCUACUGUCCAUGAACCCCAGAAUCUUCAGGGACAAAAGACAGCAGCCACUGAUACAACAGUAUAAGGUUUCUCAGAAUCAUGGCAGUCCAGCAUCAAACUAUCAGCAAACCUCUGUCUCUCAAAGCCCCUCUGGAUGCUUUACAUCCCCACAGUGUGGGACAGCUACCCAGUUUGUACCUCAGCAGAACAGUCCAAUACCAAGUCCUUAUACCCCUCAGAGCCCAGUAGACUACAUCCAGUACAAUCCACCCAGUUACUCUCAUCAUCAGCAAGCCCAGCAGGUUGCUAGUAGUGUGAGAAAUAUUCACAACAACGAAGCCUCUGAACAGCUUUCAAGUAAUUCAUCUAACCAUAAUACAAGACUUGGCUCAGACGAAGAGUAUGUGAACGUCGCUCAUAGACUGGAAGAUGAGGAAAAUGAGUCUUCAAUGAAGGUUGCUGUAUUUCCCGUUAAAUCUCAUAUUGCGUGUUCCCCUGCUGGGAGUGAAGAGGCAGCAAAAAGGUCCAGGCCUCCCCUCAUCAUGCAGUCACCUCCAAUUGACGUGCCACAAGGUGCAUCACCUGACCUUCUCCUCACAACACCUGAUCGCAGAAAAAAACAUAGAGACAAGAGUAAAGUGGAAAAUGAGCAUGUGGACAAAAAUGUCUUCUAUGAUAUAGUUAGUUCUCCAUCUAAGGACUCUGCCAAGCUGACUUUAAAACUUUCCAGAGUGAAGAUGCCAGACCUGAAUCAAGCUGAAGAACUGUCCCCGAGAUUAAAUUUGGACUCAGACCACAAAACGGUUAUAUUGAACAAUAAUAAUCAGUUGUUCAGUACCCCUCAAGACUUUCCGCACAAAUUAGAAGCAGAGGAGGAGGAGAAAAACUGUCAACAGGUUGCUGUGCAGCCAAAUACCAAGGAAACGGGAAUCAUCAGUGUGUUUGAUGACUCUGAGAUUGAAGCACUUGCAGAAAUUGACAGAAUAGAACCUGAAUCAGCCAGUGAGCGAGAACGAUGCUCUAAAGAGGUCCAGGACAAAGAUAAGCCACUUAAAAAACGUAAACAAGAUACAUAUCCUCAGGAAUAUGAAGCUGAGACAAGUGAGGGACCUACUGUACAAGCGGCCAACAGCAUCAGCAAGCUGACACCCAAAAAAUCAAGUACUGCAAGUAACGGCGCCAUUCGGCCUGCCUUGAUGGUCAGUAUUGAUCUGCAGCACGCUGGCAGAAAAGUAGGACAGCCUGUAGUGAUCUUGGAACCACAGCCAUUGUGUGAAGAUCACAUACAUCGCAUCAAGACAAAUGCUGAUGAAAAGGUCAAUAAUGUUGCUGAGAACAGACCUGGGAUCAUCAGACAGCUUCCUGACACCUCCCAUAUACCUGGCACAGAUGAGCAUAAAGACACCCAUAAGCAAAAGCAGGAAAGCCGACGUGAAUUAAGACACAAACACAACUCCAAAACUGACAACGACAAGGGGCACUCAGAUGACACACAGCCGGACAUGACAUGGCAGAAACAUGACAGGCUUUCAGAUUCACAUCACAAAGAGGAAAAGAACAUCAGUCACCAAUCCCACGGCAGCAGACCUGAAACGCCAAAAUCCACAGGCAUGGUGGAUUGUAACUCUAGACAUGAAGACAACAAAGACGGGGGUAUAGAAAAAGAUGUGGACAGAGAGACGCAGAGGAACAGAGACAAAGACAAACUCAGAGAUGGAAGCAAAGCUAGAGAUAAGGUCAAACCUAGAGAAAGAGACAAGGACAGAGAUAAAGACAAAUGUAAAGACACAAACAUAGAUGAAGAUAAAGAGAUAAACAUAGAUAAAGACAAAGACAGGAAUAAAUUAAAAAACAGAAAUGUGGAAAGAGAAAAAAUCAAAGACAGGACUAAAGGGAAAAGAAAAGACCUGGACACAAAAAAAGACAAAGAUGGGAAUGGUGGCAAAGAAAAGGGCAUAGACAGAGAAAAAGACAGGAAUGGAGACAAAGACAGGGAUGAAGAUAAAAAAAUGAACAAAAAUAAAGACCAAAAUAUAGUCAGAAACACUGACAUGGACACAGUAAAAGACGAGGACAGGAGUAGAGACAAAGAAAAAGACAGAGACAGAGAAAAAAACAAGGAUAGGAAUAAAGGCAAAGAAAAAGAUAAAAUUAUGGACAGAGAAAUAGACAAAGACAGGAAUGGAGACACAGACAAAGAUGAAGUUAAAGAAAAGAACAGACAUAAAGACAAAGACAGGAAUAAAGUCAAAAACAGAGUCUUGGACAGAGAAAAAGAAAAGGACAGGAUUAAAGACAAAGAAAAAAACUUUGACAGAGAAAAAGACAAUGGUAGGAAUAGAGGCAAAGAUAAAGAUACGGACAGAGAAAUUGACAAGGACAGGAAUGAAGACAGAGAAGACGAUAAACAGAUGCACAAAGACAGGACUAAGGUAAAAAACAGAAACAUGGACAGAGAAAAAGGCAAGGACAGGAGUAAAGGCAAAGAAAAAUAUGUGAACAGAGAAAAAGACAAGGACAAAACUAAAGACAAAGAAAAAGACGUUGACAGAGAAAAAGACAAGGACAAGAUUAAAGACAAAGAAAAAGACUUUGACAGAGAAAAAGGCAAUGGUAGGAAAAGAGUCAAAGAUAAAGAUAUGGACAGAGAAAUAGACGAGGACAUGAAUGAAGACAAAGACAGAGAUGAAGAUAAAGAGAUGCACAGAUAUAAAGACAAAGACAGACAUAGAGUCAAAAACAGAAACACGGACAGAGAAAAAGUCAAGGACAGGAGUAGUGGCAAAGAAAAAGAUACACACGUGGAUAAAGAAAAAAACAGAGAAAAGGAUGCAGACAGAGACAAAGACGGCGACAGGAACAGGAAGCACAGGACAUUAUCAAAAGAAGUGUGCAGCAAAACCUCACAUGAUCAGAACACUAAACCUGAAAGCCCAAAAAUGAAGCAAGAUGGAAGCAGAAAAUCAGCUGAUCUGGAUGGUGGACAGAAGACAGGCAGCUCCAAGCUUCACAAUCCCACAAAUAAGGACCAUAAUACAAGCUGGGAUGGCUGGGACGUUAGCUGCCUACCUGGAAACAAACAACCAGCCUCUGAGACAAAGUCCAGCGAGUUCCCUUCAUACCUGCUGGGUGGCAAUACAGGAAGCCUUAAAAACUUUGUGAUUCCUAAACUAAAUAGAGAUGGAGCAGAUAAGGACCCCAAAGGCACACUGGUCUGUGGAUGGACCGAACCACGUGUGAGGUUGGAGAGGGUGUCGCUCAAAGAGACAUUAAACAAAAGAUCUAAACCAGUUGUUGUGCUUAAGAGACUCAGCAUCGAGAGCGUAAAAAGGAUAAUUAAGGAAACCAAGAAUGCACACAGGUCCCGAUCCAAACACUGGUCCUCGUUUGAAAAUUCAACCAGAGGGAUGUUUUGUGAGAGAGCAAAUAAGCGACGGCACAGCAUGAUCACUCAGAGGUCUAAAUAUGCUGAGGCAGACUCGGAUGAUGAGAAAGAUAGUAGUGAGGAUGAUUCUGACAACCAGUCUGCAAGAAAAAGAAAAAAGAGCAACCAUGACAGGACAUGGAAGUUUGAAGAGAAAAGGGGUUCGAAGGACCACCGGCGUGGUGGAGGCUUUUCUAACUCACGCAAUCGGGAUUGGAACUCAGAUGAUUCAGAUGAAAACUCUCCACCACUGAGGCUGAAUGAUGUUUCCAGAAAAAUGAAGAAAAAAGAGAAGCAGAAAAGCAGAAUGAUGUAUGAUUCCAUGACUUUAGAAGAAAAGUUGGACUCUUCUACAUUUAAGAGAUUUACAUCCAGCGUGGACAACAUUCUUGAGAGCCUUGAGGACAUAGACCUCACUGCAACAGAUGAUGAUGAGAUUCCUCAAGAGCUUCUCCUUGGAAAGCAGCAGCUGAGUGAGCUGUGCAGCGAUUCCACCAAGAUUAAAGCUAUGAGCAUCUUCAACAAGUUUUCAUCAAGUAAACUGGUGAAAAUUUUAAAUAUUCUGGAGAAGAACAUUCAAGACAGCGUCACUCUCUCCACCUUAAUGAGUCAUGAUAAUGACUCCAUGGAUGAGGAGCGUUUGUGGCGUGACCUCAUCAUGGAGCGCGUGACCAAGUCUGCAGACGCCUGUUUGACUGCACUCAACAUAAUGACUUCUCCACGCAUGCCUAAAGUCGUUUAUAUAGAGGACAUAAUCGAGAGGGUGCUGCAGUUCACCAAGUUUCACCUGCAGAGCACUUUGUACCCUCAGUAUGACUCUGCCUACAGAAGUGGAGGUGGCACACAUACCUCAAAGUCCAAGAGAGCAAAGUCUUCCAUUCACAAACAGAAAGUGGUCGUGGUGCUCUACAGCAAAGUGUGCGAUAUUAUCAGCAACAUCUCCGAGCUCCUUGAAAUCCAGCUGCUCACCGACACAACAAUUCUUCAGGUGUCCAACCUUGGUAUAACACCUUUUUUUGUGGAGAACGUCAGCGAACUGCAGUUAUGUGCCAUCACACUAGUGACAGCAGUGUUCUCUCGUUAUGAGAAGCACAGACAACUCGUUCUUGAAGACAUUUUCACCUCCAUGGCUAGACUUCCUACAAGUAAACGCAGCCUCAGAAACUUUAGGUUAAACAGCAGUGAUUCAGAUGGAGAGCCCUUGUAUAUCCAGAUGGUCUCGGCCCUCGUUCUUCAACUCAUCCAGUGUGUGGUUAACUUUCCCUUUGAGAAAGAGGCCGAGGAGGAACGCAAUAAAAAGAUGGAUAAAGACGCUAUCAUUACAAACUCUUAUGAAACUGCCAUGAGGACCGCUCAAAACUUUCUCUCAGUGUUUCUGAAGAAAUGUGGCAGUAAACAGGGAGAAGAAGACUACAGACCUUUGUUUGAGAACUUUGUUCAUGACCUGCUGUCUGCCGUCAACAAGCCUGAGUGGCCAGCAGCUGAACUGCUGCUCAGUUUACUGGGCCGACUUCUGGUGCACCAGUUCAGUAAUAAGCAGACAGAAAUGGCUCUCAGGGUGGCAUCGCUGGACUACCUCGGCACUGUUGCCUCUCGCCUGCGUAAAGAUGCUCUCUCUAGCAGGAUGGACCAAAGAACUAUUGAUCGCAUUCUCAAAGAGACUCCAGGCAGUGAUGAGAUACAGCAACUCCAAAAGGCUUUGUUGGACUUUCUAAAUGGAAACAUCGAUGCAGAUCCAGCUUUACUGUUUGCCAGGAACUUUUAUAUUGCCCAGUGGUACAGGGACAAUACAGUGGAGGUAGAAAAAGCGAUCAAGUCUCAAAAUGAAAAUGAUGAGGACUCUAAAGAUUGGCGACAUUCCAAAAAUGUGGACCCGACUGAGGAGAUUGCACAGUUCGCUGAGGCAAGGAAGAAAUUUCUUCGUAAGAUCAUCAGGACUACACCUUCAGAUUUCAGCUCUGUCAGAGCAAAGUCUGACGCAAUAGACUAUGAAGACUCCUGUCUGGUUGUCAGAUAUCUGGCUUCUAUGAGACCGUUUGCACAGAGCUUUGACAUUUAUUUAUCACAGAUUCUGAGAGUCCUGGGUGAGAGUGCCAUCGCAGUGCGAACUAAAGCCAUGAAAAGUCUGUCAGAAGUUGUGGCUGUGGAUCCAAGUAUUUUAGCGCGAGUGGACAUGCAGCGCGGAGUGCAUUGUCGCCUCAUGGACAACUCCACAAGUGUACGAGAAGCAGCGGUGGAGCUUCUUGGUCGCUUUGUGCUGAGUCGACCAGAGCUUAUUGAGCAAUACUACGACAUGCUCAUCGAAAGGAUUCUGGACACUGGUAUCAGCGUGAGAAAAAGAGUCAUUAAGAUUCUGAGGGACAUUUGCUUGGAGCAACCAGACUUCCACAAGAUCACAGAGAUGUGUGUUAAGAUGAUCCGAAGGGUCAACGAUGAAGAAGGGAUCAAGAAACUGGUGAAUGAGACAUUCCAGAAACUCUGGUUUUCUCCCACACCGAGUCAUGACAAAGACGCCCUGUCAAGGAAGAUCUUGAACAUCACAGAUGUUGUGUUGGCUUGUAAAGAUUCUGGUUAUGACUGGUUUGAGCAGCUUCUGCAAAAUCUUCUGAAAUCAGAGGCGGAUGCUUCAUACAAACCGACCAAGAAGGCCUGCACCCAGUUAGUGGACAAUUUAGUGGAACACAUAAAACAAUACGAGGAGUCCAUUGCAGACUGUGAAGACAAAGGGGUAAACUCAGGCCGUCUGGUAGCGUGCAUCACCACUCUCUACCUAAUUACUAAAAUCAGAGCCCAGUUUAUGGUCAAACAUGCCAUGACAAUGCAGCCUUACCUAACCAUCAAAUGCAAUACCCAAAAUGACUUCAUGGUAAUUUGCAAUGUGGCCAAGAUCCUGGAGCUUGUCGUGCCUCUGAUGGAUAACCCUAGUGAGACAUUCCUCACUACGAUAGAGGAAGACCUGAUGAAGCUUAUCAUCAAAUACGGCAUGAUGGUCGUGCAGCACUGUGUGAGCUGUCUUGGUGCCAUUGUGAACAAAGUCACGCACAACUACAAGUUUGUUUGGGCUUGUUUCAAUCGAUUUUACGGAGCUCUGGCUAAACUCAAGACGCAGCACCAGGAGGACUCCAGCAGCUCCACUCUGGCUGCUAACAAACCCACCCUGCUGCGCUCCCUGUUUACUGUGGGGGCUCUGUGUCGACACUUUGACUUCGACCAAGAAGAAUUCAAGGGUACUAACAAGAUUGUCAUUAAGGAAAAGGUGUUGGAGCUUCUGCUGUAUUUCACCACUCAUGAGGAUGAGGAAGUCCAGAUCAAGGCCAUCAUAGGUCUAGGGUUCCAGUUCAUCAUGCACCCAGAGCUCAUGUUUGUGCAGGACAUAAAGGUCCUGUAUAACAACAGGCUGUCGGAUGACAACAGUGCCGUCAGUUUAAAAAUCCAGGUGCUCAAAAACCUGCAGACGUACCUGCAGGAGGAGGACUCUCGAAUGCAGGAGGCUGAUCGAGAAUGGAAAAACCAAGCCAAACAGGAAGAUUUGAAGGAGAUGGGGGACAUUUCAUCAGGCAUGAGCAGCUCCAUUAUGCAGAUUUACCUCAAGCAGGUGCUGGAGUCCUUCUUUCACUCACAGUCCACUGUUCGGCACUUCGCUCUGAGUGUCAUUACUCUGACUCUGAGUCAGGGUCUCAUCCACCCUGUGCAGUGUGUGCCCUACUUGAUUGCCAUAGGAACAGAUCCAGAGCCAACCAUGAAGAACAAAGCGGACCAGCAACUCGUGGAGAUUGACAAGAAAUAUUCAGGUUUCAUCCAUAUGAAGGCUGUUGCAGGGUUGAAGAUGUCCUAUCAGGUGCAGCAGGCCAUAAAUGGAGGCAAAAGCGCAGCGAUCCGAGGUUUUCGUUGCGAUGACUCAGACUCUGCUCUCUGCUCUCAUCUCUACACGAUGGUCCGUGGGAACCGACAACACAGACGAGCCUUUCUCAUCUCCCUGCUCAACCUGUUUGAUGACAGCUCUAAAACAGAGGUGAACAUGCUGCUCUUUGUAGCCGACAACCUGGCCUGCUUCCCAUACUUAACCCAGGAAGAGCCUCUUUUCAUCAUGCAUCACAUAGACAUUACACUGUCUAUCUCUGGUAGCAACCUGCUCCAGUCUUUCAAGGAGUGUUUACGGAAAGAGCCCAUAAGGCACGAGAAGAAGGUGAAGACUAAAAAGAGAAAAAAGAAGCAUUCUCGCAGGAGGAAAGACAGUUCAGAUGAGGAUGAAGAUGACGAGGAGGAAAAGCAGAGCAGCAGCACAUCCAGCAGCAGUGAUGAGGAAGAAGAAGAAGAGGUCCACAGGCGAAAAAAGCCCGGAGCGCACGACUCAGACUCAGACUUGGAGGACGAGGAGGCUGUGAUGGACCGUUUGCCUGAUAACACCACCCCUCUGAUGGACUUUGCGAGUGCUUCACAGGGUGUUCUGCUCCUGCUGGUCCUCAAACAGCAUCUGAAAAAUCUUUACGGCUUCUCAGACAGCAAAAUCCAAAAGUAUUCACCAACAGAGUUAGCCAAAGUCUACGACAAGGCGGUGAACAGGAAAUCUAAGGUGCACUUCAACCCUCGUCAGACUCUGGAUUACCUGAAGAGCAAUCUCACGAAGAGAGAACUCAGCUACGAGACUAAGAAGAAUAUCGUCAAACAGUAUUUGGAUUUCAAGGUACUGAUGGAGCACUUGGACCGUGACGAAGAGGAUGAGGAAGGGGGUGAAGCUAAUGCCAAUGCCAGAAACAAAGCCAUCAAUUCGCUGCUGAAGGGCCCGAAACCCCAGAACCACAACCACAGUGAUUACACAGCUCCAGUGGAGACAGACGAUGAGGAGAGUGAGGAAGAAGAUCCUCCUGCGCGCAAACCGAGAAAAGGUGCUGCUGAGGAUUCAGGUCAGAUGAACGAGACAGUGGAAGAGAUGGACGUCGUCGCCGUCUUCCGUCCUAAAUACAAAGACAGGCCGCAGAUCGCCAGAGUCAUCCAGAAGACCAGAGGUGGCUACAGUAUACACUGGAUGACAGGAUCGUACUCUGGAUCGUGGUCUACGGCAAAGAAAAGGGACGGUCGCAAAAAGGUGCCUUGGGUCGACACGAUCAAGGAGUCGGACAUCAUUUGCAAGAAAAUCUCCUUGACGAGCGGACAGAAGCUGACAAACAAAGUGGCACAGACGUUACGGGCGCUGUACGCCGCCAAGGAUAAGAGUUAACUCCUCUAAAACACAGCCUGAAUCUUUGGAUCUUCUAUACAGAGAAAGAAAGGAAGCCUGUUCAGAUUUUAAAGUUCUGGUGGAGUGAAGCGCAUCGCGAGCAGUUCACUUUGUGACAUGUUUCAAUUUAAACACAGGCAAAACAGAGAAGGAAAUGUUUGUGAAAACAUUGUGUGGGAGUUCCUUCGCUGUUGUGCAGCCACUUGGAUGUUUGGUUUUUACUCCCACUGUAUCAUAGUUUAACGCAGAAACAUGUUUAUAUCUGAAUAUAAUUCUGUAAAAAAAAAAAAUUAAAGUGAAUGUUGGAAACUAGUGUAUUGAUGAUGUUCUUAAUAAAGUGUUUUUGGAAAUAAAAGUACAGCCAGACAAAUUUAUUUACUUGACCUAAA